GUUUUUUCAAUGAUUUCAAAGACUAUUUAUGAUCUCUAUAUGGAUUAUUCUAUUCAUCAAUGGCCCAUUCUUUCAUCGUUCUUAUUAAUAUUGUCUUUUAUUGUUGUUCCAAUUCGAACACAAAUUGAACAAGAACAAUUACAAUUACAUUCGGUUCAUGUAUUGAUGCGUCAUGGUGAUCGUACGCCCACGCAUUUUUAUCCAAAUGAUCCAUUUCAAGAUGUGGAAAAAUAUUGGCCUGAAGGUUUGGGUGAAUUGAAUGAUCAUGGACGAUUACGUAUUCGUUUUGCUGGUGAAUAUUAUCGUAAAAUUUAUGAUAAAUUUCUUCAAGAUACAAAUGGUUGGCCAAAACAAUGUUUAUCAUCACCGGCACAUCGUGCACAAGAAACGGCAAAUUUAUUUAUGGAAAGUUUUCUUAAUAAUACAAAGUUUAGUGUUGAAGUUCAUCAAGAUGGUAAAAUGUUAUCGACUGGUGUAAAAUGUCCGUUGCAUGAUCAUGUAUGGUUACAGCAAAUGAAUUCGAAAAAAGUUAAAGAAUAUCUUGAUUCCAAACGAAAUUACAUUGAUUAUUUGUCCGAAAAAACCGGACAAAAUUAUUGGCUGAAUGAAUCGAAUACAUUGCGAAAUAUGGAGUUUUUGACAACAACUUUGGAAAUUGAGCGUGAUGAAUAUCAUUUAUCCGUACCAGAAUGGGCUCUAAAUCAAACAAUCAUUAAACAAUUGGACGAUAUGAAACGUCAUGCAUUCUGGUUUGAUUGGCAACCGAUAGAAAUACAAAAACUUCGCAUCGGAUUAUUAUUGAACAAUAUAACCGAACAUAUACGUACAAUGGCAACAAACGAUAAUAAUGAUUUAGAUAAGAAUGAUCAACGUUUUUUUCUAUAUUCAGCACAUGAUGUGAAUCAGGUAAUUUUGCUUCAAGCACUUGAACUAUAUGAUCAAAUUGAUCGUAAACCACCAUCAUAUAGUUCAGCUAUUGUUUUUGAACAUUAUCAAACUUUAUCAUCUAUGACCAAAGAUACAAAACAUUUUAUACGUAUAAUAUAUCGACAAAUUUUCAACAAAUUCAUACCACCCAAAGAAUUAUCGAAAUUCUAUGUUUCCGAUCGAAUAUUGACAAUGAAUUCAUGUCAUGAUGAAUUCAAAAAUGAAAAAUUAUGUUCAUUUGAAGAAUUUGACAAAAUUACUCGACCAUUACGUAUUUUGAAUGAACAGGAAUGGAAUGCAGAAUGUUUCGAAAUGAAUCAUAUAACCGAUCAAAUUAUUGCCAAUCAAUGGAUCAUAAUAUUAACUUUGAUUUUCACCAUCAUGAUGACCAGAUAUUAUUUUGUAAUUGGAUAAUAUAAUUUUAAUUUAAAAAAUAAUAAUACAAACACCUGUUGAUUGUU